AUCAACUUGAAGUCGCACUUUGCAGCAUCCAGUAAACCUAAAGUCUCAUCAUUGAACAAUCACCCCUGAAAUCUGUCUCGAUUCGGAAAUGGCUGCUCAAACUCUCCCUGGUCUCAUUUUUGAGACCGAGAAUGCUAAUGAGUCUGCGCCCGCGGUCCUCACGCCACACGUGAACGACAUUUCCCUGACACGCCCUCAGCUCAAACAGGCCAGCCAACGGUUGGCUGAUCUGAUUCUGGCAAAAGGCAAGGCGGGUGACAAUGGAUCUGGCAUCGACGGGCAGCCGGUCGUUGCCCUAGCUCUCCCCAACGGCAUCGGCUUCGUCUGCACGUUCCUCGGGCUGGUGAGCCGUGGUGUCGUUGCUGCCCCGCUGAACCCUGCCUACACCGUCCCGGAAUUCGAAUUCUAUUUGAGUGACGCGAAAGCGAGCGUGUUGGUCGUCGACUCAACCUGCACGGACGAAGCAUAUCCGGGGAUCGUGGCUGCACGCAAACUUGGCGUUGCGGUCUGCACAGUCCGCAUAGAUCAAGAUGGGCCAGGAUCUCAUCAGGUCGAUGUAACAGUACUUGGCAAGCAGACAGAGAAGCUACAGGACGAGGCAAAUGUCUCAAACGACGUGGUGCCUGUGUCCACUUCUCCCACGACCGAUUCAAUCGCACUCAUCUUGCACACGUCAGGGACAACAGGUAAACCAAAAGCUGUGCCGUUAUCCCACGCUAAUCUUUGCCAUGGUGCUCAGAAUGUGGCCCAGGCCUGCUGUCUUGGCCCCGGGGAUCGAGGUUAUCUCAUCCAAGUGCUUUUCCAUAUCCACGGCAUCGUCGCUGGACUGCUCGCCCCUCUGGCAGCCAGGGGCAGUGUGGUGGUUCCAAACAAGUUUGACGCCAACGUUGCCUGGCAUCAAUUCGUCGAAGCAGGUUGCUCAUGGCUGUCGGGUACACCUUCAGCGCUGCAGAUCCUCCUCCACGCGCCGCAACCCGGCCCCGACUUGCGUAUCAGAUUCCUUCGCAGCUGCUCUGCGCCACUGCUCCCUUCCACUUUCGCGGACCUGCGAAAGGUAUUCGGCUGCCCGGUUCUGGAGGCUUACGCAAUGACCGAGAAUGCCCAUCAAAUGGCUACGAACUCAUUGACUGAAACCAGGCCAGGAUACGUCGGCAAGGCAUCGGGCUCGGUGUCCCUGAGCAUCUACGGCGAUGACCCCACCGCUGGUCCGCUUGGAACAGACGUCCAGGGUGAAAUUUGCAUCACAGGGGGCUCGGUCAUGAGAGGCUACCUCGAUAAUCCUGAAGCCAACGCCAAGACGUUCUUUGUAGACUCGUCUGGCAGACGCUGGCUCCGCACGGGCGAUAUCGGUAUUCUAGACAGUCAGGCCGGGAGAUACCUGCGUAUUGUUGGACGGAAGUCGGAGAUUAUCAACCGCGGCGGGGAGAAGAUCUCACCACCCGAGGUCGACGAGGCCAUCAUUCUCUGCGCCGCGCCACACAUCCGCGAGGCGGCAUGCUUUGCAGUCCCUGAUGAGUUUUUUGGCCAAGAGGUGGAGGCCGCCGUCGUCCUCGCUAAAGACGCACCCCAAGAACUUCACGACGAGGCAGUGCUCCAGCGCCGUCUUGAAGAGCGGCUGGCCCUCUUCAAAAUCCCCAAGCGGAUACAUUUCUUUGAGGACAAGAUCCCGAAGGGCCCGACAGGGAAAAUCCAGCGUGCGCAGCUGUGCAAAAAGCUGGCGAGACGACCUAAUGGCGAGGUCAACGGAAGGCCGGUGAAGAUGGAUGCCGUGGAUCUUUCAUCUCAGAUAUCUACACUGAUGGCACAGGAUUUGCGCGUCGCUGCUGACAAGCUUAAGCCUGAAGUCACGCUACUGGAGCUGGGCGCGGACUCGAUGAAUCUGACGAGGCUUUUAGGCAACGUCCGCCGUUUGGGGUGCAGCCUCGCUAUGUCGGAUUUGAUGCUGAAUCCCACUGUUCAGGAAGUCAUCGACAUGUGUGUGGAAUCGUAUUCAUCUGGGAAGGGAGACAAUGUGACAGGGAGUCCCGGCAAGGCAGCCGCUGAUGAUGUCGAGCCGCCUGCUCCUUUUUCUCUUCUGAGCGAACUCAUCAAAGACACUGAGAGUCCACUGUCUCUUGAUGAAGCCCUGUCCCAGGUGGCGAAGCAAACAGGACUAACAACCGAUCAACUAGAAGAUGUCCUCCCCUUAACUCCGGAGGCGAAGUGGUUCCACAGUGUGACCUUGACAGAUCAAUGGGGUAUGAAGGGCACAGCGGCGUCAUUCGUUACGAUUGGAGCUACGAUCAAGGAAUCUGUCGAUAUUGAAAGGCUGAAAUGGGCGUUGGAGGAGGUGGCUAAAGUUGAGCCGCUUCCGCGAUCUUUUUUCGCUCAGCUACCCUCUACCGAGGAGUGGCUUCAAGUUAUUGCCAAACCCAAUGUCGCAAAUUUGAACUGGGAAGAGUGGUCCGCUCCCUCGAAAGGAGCGAUGCUUGAAAGGCUGCAACGGGAGCACGACGCAGAACGCUACACUCCUGGUUGUCGUGCAUCGAAGUACUUGCUAGUCAGCUUUCCAAACGACCAGGGCGAGACAUGCCGAUCCCUGUUCUUCUCUGAAAGCCACAUUGUAACCGACAACACCUCUCGCUCAAGGCUGCGAGACAAUGUUAUAAGGCUAUACGAAGGCCUGGCAACAAUCGAAAAUUUGCCACAGAAGCCCUUGCCAACCGGCAUUCUAACUCGAGAUCUCCUUCAAAGAGCUAAAGCCAGUUACUCUAGCAAGAUCAAGUUCUGGAAGGAUGAUGAGUUGAGCCACGGCGUGUCUGAACUGCCACCAUAUAUCCCACCACUAGGAUCAAGUGCCGGCCACAGGAUCUCUCGCGUGUCCGUGGACAAUGCCUUCAACCAAGCCAUGUGGACUGGCGACCUCACGGGCCUGACGCUCGCCAUGGGCAUGACCGCGCCCACUACGGUCCAGGUGAUCGUACCAUUAGCCCUGGCAGUCUACGAAUACCAAGGUACCCACACGCUGCCAAAGGCCGUCUGCUUCGGCUACGGCACUUCAUCACGUAACCCACGGAUCCCGAAUAUUGACCAGUCCCGAGGCUUGGCCGCGUUCCCAUCACCAUUCCGCUUCCCUCUCUCGCUCGCGAGGCAGUCCUUGUGGAUGCACUGCCACCAGGCCGCACUCAAGACGGCAGAUACCAACACGAACCGGCUGCUGGUGGAGUCCUUAACUAUGGCAAAGGAUGUCCACGUGAUAUACAACUGGCGCGAGGUGCCUGCUGGAAGCUUGUGGUCGCAGGUGAUCGAGGACGGGCCUGAGCAGUUCCUGGUGGAACUCCCGUGCCACACGACAGUGAACUGCAUGCGCAUGGGCAUUAAUCAGCUUUUCAUGGUGGACGGCGAGGGGGAGGCGUACAAGAGGUGGAGAAAAGAGCACGGCUUCCCGGUGAGUUUCAUAGAGGUUCUGCAGCGAUGCUUGACUUUCAUGUGCGAAAGGAAGGAUGAGCUUGCGACUCUUACUCUGAAUGAUCUGGUGGAGACAGUGGCUUCUUCUUUCGAUCCUGCCCUGCCUAACUAGCACGAUCUAAGUUGGUGUACUGUAUUCCUCGCGCACCUCGCUCGCGGACAGCAGCGCUGGCAUGGUCUGGAGCUAGGCUGAUAAUAGCACUCAACGCCUGGGACGUAUUAACUGGUGCUGGUCUGCAGUGCAUUUUGGGAAGCAAAAUGGCAGGGAUGUGCUGUUGUGAAAAUCAAGAUACGCGCUACCGACCAACAGAUGCGUACUGUGAGCGGACCUUUUGCGCCGCUCACAUCACUCGACAUGCAGUGCGCACAUCAAUGAUGAUUCUCGGCCUGUUGGCCAAGAACGAACUAACAGAGACUAGAUGAUCCCACAAUGCAACCUUGGCCUCCGC